GGAAGAGAAAGAGGUCGUGUCUGGAAAGGAAGGCCGUUGCGUCCGUUCCAUUUUGCCACUGCGGCGUUUGGGAAGAGAGGGGGAGAGACUAGGUGUAAGCUUAGCGGCGUUGUCAGUGCUCUUACUGCAGUUGCUGAAGUUCAUGGGCAUGGGAGCCGGGGUGCAGCGCCCGCGAGUUUCCGCGGGAGAGGUGUCGCUGGAGAACAGUCCAGGUGUGCACGUUUGUAGUUGGCUAGUAGCUGCUCAGAGUUCUCGUUAGUGGCUGAUGGUGUCUGGAAGGAGGUCUUAAAGGCCUCGCUCCCUGAUCGGGCCUUAUUUUAAUUUUUUUUUCGUUAAUAUGAUUUAUGCAAAAAAUAACGUAAAGUGUAGUGUCCCCCAGUUCUUAGUCAGUUGGAAAAGGCUUAGGGUAGAGGAAGAAUGUGAACUUUACAUUGAAUACGGCUUGGGACCUCUUCUUCCCCCAGUCUUUCCCAUCUGACCAAAUAGCAUCACCGUUCACCUGCUUUUUCAGGUCCCAAACUGAAAAAUAAUUCCCUUACUCCCCAAGGCAUUUCAUAAUUUUGUAGCUUCUCCCUCACAGGCGUGUUUUCAGUCGGCCCUACUCCCUCCCUCUUCAGUGUGACUGCGAGGCGGGCCUCUGUGGGAGCCUUCUGACUGGUCUCUGCUGGUCUCCAUCACCUGUCAGCUUGAGGCAUCUCUUUCAAAUGUAAAUAAGAUGGCCACACCCUGAUUAGAACUAUCCAGAGGAUCCUUCAUCCCUUUAACUUACAGUCCCACUCGUUGCAGGAUCCUGAUUGAUCUGGCCUUCCUGUGACUCUUUCCUUGCCCUCGGUCCUUUGUUCCUGGAAGAGGCCACGUUUGUUUCUGCCUCAGGGCCUUUGCUGUUCCCUACGCUGAGAAUCCACCCCUUGCUCAUUCUGGGCUUCAGCUUCCGGAGAGAGGCCUCCUUCCUCAGACUUUUCUGAAAGUUGCUUUCCCUGCCUUACACCAGUCAUUCUCUACCACGGUGGUUCUCAGAGUUGGUUUAUGAACCCCCGGGAGUUCUGGAGACAGUUUCAGGCAUCUGCAAGAUGGAGUUUUAACAUUGAAUGCGGAGAACACUAAUUAUGCCUAUCAAGUUCCAAACUUCCAUAAAUGUGAAAUCUGUCUGCUGUCUUUCCCAAGAGAGUCCCAGUUUCAGCGCCACAUGAGGGAUCACGAGCGAAAUGACAAGCCACAUCGAUGUGACCAGUGCCCCCAAACCUUUAAUGUUGAGUUCAACUUGACACUUCACAAAUGCACCCACAAUGGGGAGGAUCCUACCUGUCCCGUGUGUAACAAGAGAUUCUCCAGAGUGGCUAGUCUCAAAGCCCAUGUUAUGCUGCAUGAGAAGGAAGAGAACCUCAUCUGCUCUGAGUGUGGGGAUGAGUUCACCCUGCAGAGCCAGCUGGCCAUACACAUGGAGGAGCACCGCCAGGAGCUGGCUGCGAACCGGACUCACGCCUGCAAGGCCUGCAGGAAGGAGUUUGAGACGUCAUCUCAGCUGAAGGAGCACAUGAAGACUCAUUAUAAAAUUAGGGUGUCAAGUACAAGGUCUUACAAUCGGAACAUCGACAGGAGUGGAUUCACGUAUUCAUGCCCACACUGUGGAAAGACGUUCCAAAAGCCAAGUCAGCUAACUCGGCAUAUUAGGAUACACACGGGUGAAAGACCAUUUAAAUGCAGCGAAUGUGGAAAAGCUUUUAACCAGAAGGGGGCGCUGCAAACUCACAUGAUUAAGCAUACAGGUGAAAAACCCCACGCCUGUGCCUUUUGUCCUGCCGCUUUUUCUCAGAAAGGGAAUCUUCAGUCACAUGUGCAGAGAGUUCACUCAGAGGUCAAGAAUGGCCCUACCUAUAAUUGUACAGAAUGUAGUUGCGUGUUUAAAAGUUUAGGUAGCUUGAACACUCAUAUCAGCAAGAUGCACAUGGGUGGGCCACAGAAUUCAACAAGUGCCGCAGAGACUGCUCACGUUUUAACGGCCGCGCUGUUUCAGACUUUACCUCUUCAGCAGGCGGAAGCCCAGGUCACGUCUGCUCCGAGCCAGCAGAGUUCCCAGGCGGUGGCCGAUGUCAUCCAGCAGCUGCUGGAGCUGUCAGAGCCGGGGCCUGCGGGGCCCAGCCAGCCGCCUCAGGCUGGCCAGCAGCUGAGCAUCACGGUGGGGGUCAGCCAGGACAUCCUGCAGCAAGCCUUAGAAAACAGUGGGCUGUCUUCAAUUCCAGUUGCAGCGCUUCCCAGCGACCCCAGCCACGCCAAGGCCACGGCCGCUCAGGGCCAGACUCCAGACGCCCCCAGCGUUUCAAGGGAGCCAGCUGACCCUACGGCCGCAGAGCGAGAAGAAGAACAGGAGAGCCCAGAGAAGUUGGAUAAAAAAGAAAAAAAGAUUAUAAAGAAGAAAUCGCCGUUUCUACCUGGGUCGGUCCGCGAGGAGAACGGUGUGCGAUGGCACGUGUGUCCCUACUGCACCAAGGAGUUCCGCAAGCCUAGCGACCUGGUGCGCCACAUCCGCAUCCACACCCACGAGAAGCCCUUCAAGUGCCCGCAGUGCUUCCGGGCCUUCGCCGUGAAGAGCACGCUGACGGCGCACGUCAAGACGCACACGGGCAUCAAGGCGUUCAAGUGCCAGUGCUGCAUGAAGAGCUUCUCCACCUCGGGAAGCCUCAAGGUGCACAUUCGCCUGCACACAGGAGUCAGACCUUUUGCUUGUCCUCACUGUGACAAGAAAUUUCGAACCUCAGGCCACAGGAAGACUCACAUUGCUUCUCACUUUAAACACACGGAGCUAAGAAAGAUGAGGCACCAGCGUAAGCCUGCAAAGGUUCGUGUUGGCAAGGCGAACGUUCCAGUCCCCGAUAUUCCUUUGCAGGAGCCGAUCCUCAUAACAGACGUAGGUCUUAUCCAGCCCAUUCCAAGAAACCAGCUUUUUCAAAGUUAUUUUAAUAAUAAUUUUGUAAAUGAAGCAGAUAGACCAUACAAGUGUUUUUACUGUCAUCGUGCCUAUAAAAAAUCUUGCCAUCUUAAACAACACAUCAGAUCACAUACAGGUGAAAAGCCUUUUAAAUGUUCUCAGUGUGGAAGAGGCUUUGUUUCUGCAGGAGUGCUCAAAGCACACGUCCGAACGCACACUGGACUUAAAUCUUUCAAGUGUCUGAUAUGUAAUGGAGCUUUCACUACUGGUGGUAGCUUACGGCGACAUAUGGGCAUCCAUAACGACCUUCGUCCCUAUAUGUGUCCCUAUUGCCAGAAAACAUUUAAGACCUCACUAAAUUGCAAAAAGCACAUGAAAACCCAUAGAUUUGAGCUUGCCCAGCAGCUCCGGCAGCACCAGCAGGCCUGCCCGAUAGAUGACGGCACCGUGGACCAGCAGGGCAUGCACGUGCCCACCCAGGUGCAGGUGGAGAUCGAGAACGCCGCGCUGCAGCCGACCGCCGAGGCCGUGGCCGACAACCCCGGGGCCGCGCUGGGCCUGGGGCCGCCCGCCGGCGUGGAGGCGGGGCUCGGCCAGCAGGUGGCGGGCCAGCCUUUGGAAGCAGAUGAAGACAGGCUUGUGGUCCCGCAGCGCACUCUGGAAGGGCACGUGGGCCAGUACGAGGAGCAGGCGCCCCCGCCGCAGCCCUUCGAGCCAGCGGGUCUGUCACAGGGUUUUACAGUGACUGAUACAUACAAUCAACAGACUCAGUUUCCACCCGUCCAACAGUUACAAGAUUCUAGCACACUGGAGUCUCAAGCCCUGUCCACGAGCUUCCAUCAGCAGAACUUACUUCCGGUUCCUAGCUCUGAUACGAUUAAUGUAACAAGUCGUCUGAUUCAGGAGUCAUCCCCUCAGGAGCUGGAGCUGCAGACGCCACAUCCCCCGUUCCUGGAGGACAGCGAGGAGCAGAGCCGGCGCUCCUACAGAUGUGACUAUUGCCACAAAGGCUUUAAGAAGUCCAGCCACCUGAAGCAGCACGUGCGGUCACACACCGGGGAGAAGCCCUACAAGUGCAAGCUCUGUGGACGUGGCUUCGUUUCCUCUGGGGUCCUCAAGUCCCACGAGAAGACACACACAGGAGAAAAGGCUUUCAGCUGCAGCGUCUGCCACGCUUCCUUCACAACCAACGGCAGCCUCACCAGGCACACGGCCACGCACAUGAGCAUGAAGCCCUACAAGUGUCCAUUUUGCGAGCAGGGCUUCCGAACCACAGUUCACUGUAAAAAGCACAUGAAGAGGCACCAGACGGUCCCCUCGGCUGGCUCAGCAGCACCGGGAGAGGCGGAAGGAGGAGAGAUGGGUCUGGAGGAAGAGGAAGACAGUUCUGAAAGAAAUGUGUCUAGAAAGGCUCGUCCCGAGGUCAUCACCUUCACAGAGGAGGAGACGGCGCAGUUGGCCAAGAUUCGGCCGCAGGAGAGUGCCACCGUGUCAGAGCAGGUGCUGGUGCAGUCGGCCGCCGAGAAGGACCGCAUCAGCGAGAUGAAGGACAGGCAGGCAGAGCUGGAGGCCGAGCCCAAGCAUGCCAAUUGCUGCUCCUACUGCCCCAAGAGCUUCAAGAAGCCCAGCGACCUGGUCAGGCAUGUUCGAAUCCACACUGGAGAAAAGCCAUAUAAAUGCGAUGAAUGUGGGAAGAGUUUCACUGUUAAAUCUACCCUAGACUGCCAUGUGAAGACUCACACAGGUCAGAAGCUCUUCAGCUGCCACGUCUGCAGCAACGCCUUCUCCACCAAGGGAAGCCUGAAGGUCCACAUGCGUUUGCACACAGGAGCAAAGCCGUUCAAGUGUCCCCACUGUGAGCUGCGUUUCCGCACGUCCGGGCGGAGGAAGACUCACAUGCAGUUUCACUACAAACCGGACCCCAAGAAAGCCAGGAAGCCCGGGCCCCGGGGGCCGCCGGAAGGGCCACAGCCCGUGAGCGCGCCCCCUCCGCCCUCCUCCGACCCCAGCGUGUUCAUCAUGAACAGCCCCGUGCUGGCGGGGCAGCUGGACCAGAGUCUGCUGCAGCAGGGCCUGCUGGGCCAGGCCGUCCUUCCCGCCUCCGUGUCCGCUGGUGGCGACUGGACGGUGUCUUUGACAGAUGGAAGCCUGGCCACGCUCGAGGGCAUACAGUUACAGUUGGCAGCUAACUUGGUCACGCCCAGUGUUCAAAUCUCUGGGAUCGACGCUUCCAGCAUUAAUAAUAUCACGCUACAGAUUGACCCAAGCGUCCUGCAGCAGACGCUACAGCAGGGUAACCUGCUUGCUCCGCAGCCGACCGCGGAGCCCGGCCUGGCCCCGCAGCACAGCUCCCUUCAGACCCCAGACAGUACAGUCCCGGCCAGCGUGGUCCUGCAGCCCAUCUCAGGCCUGUCCUUGCAGCCCACGGUGACGUCGGCCAACCUGACCAUCGGCGCGCUCUCGGAGCAGGAUCCCGCGCUGACCACCAGCAGCAGUGGGACGCAAGACCUCUCUCAGGUGAUGACAUCACAAGGCCUGGUGUCCACCUCCAGUGGCCCCCACGAGAUCACCCUGACCAUUAACAACUCGAGCCUGAGCCAGGUGCUGGCGCAGGCUGCUGGGCCCGCCGCUGCGUCGUCCUCGGGGUCACCGCAGGAAAUUACCCUGACCAUCUCCGGUCAAGAUCUUAUUCAGCACAGUUCUAAUGGAAGUAGUGAACUGAACGGAAGCAUAAGAUUGUCAGCACCUGCAAUCAAUAAUCAAUCUACGGGUGCCACCUUGACCAUAAGCAAUGAUCAACUUCUCUCACAGAGUGCAACAUUAAAUGCUUCAGAACUUAAUGCCACAGCUGGAAGCCUGCCUUUGACAACACCCAUGUCCCCGUCUGCCACAUCUGCCCAGAACCUGGUCAUGUCCUCAUCGGGAGUGGGGGGAGAGGCCAGCGUCACGCUGACCCUGGCUGACACUCAGGGUUUGCUCUCCGGGGGGCUGGACACGGUCACGCUCAACAUCGCCUCUCAGGGCCAGCAGUUCCCGGCCUUGCUCACGGACCCCGCCCUCUCGGGCCCUGGGGGUGCGGGCUCGCCUCAGGUCAUCCUGGUGAGCCCCGCUCCACAGCCGUCGGCAGCCUGCGAAGAAAUCGCCUAUCAGGUGACGGACGUGUCUCCUAACCUGGCCCAGGGUGGGCAGCCCGAGAAGGAGGGCCGGCUGCACCAGUGCCUGGAGUGUGGCCGUACCUUCGCGUCGGCCGCCCUGCUGCUGCACCACAGCAAGGAGAUGCACGGCCGGGAGCGCAUCCACGUCUGCCACGUGUGCAGGAAGGCUUUCAAGCGCGCCACGCACCUCAAGGAGCACAUGCAGACACAUCAAGCCGGUCCUUCCCUGAGCUCUCAGAAGCCGAGGGUGUUCAAAUGUGACACUUGUGAGAAGGCCUUUGCCAAACCGAGCCAGCUGGAGCGACACAGCCGCAUCCACACAGGGGAGCGGCCGUUCCACUGCACGCUCUGCGAGAAGGCUUUCAACCAGAAGAGCGCGCUGCAGGUGCACAUGAAGAAGCACACGGGGGAGCGGCCCUACCGGUGCAGCUACUGCGUCAUGGGCUUCACGCAGAAGAGCAACAUGAAGCUGCACAUGAAGCGGGCCCACAGCUUCGCGGGAACCUUGCAGGAACCCGCCGGCCCCCAGGAGCACGGAGGGGGGGAGGUGCUGAGCCGCGCGCUCCACCUGGAGGAGGUGGAGCCGGAACCCGCGAGCGAGUGGCAGACCCUGGCCAACGUGUUCUGAUGCAGCCCGGCCCCGAGAACGUUUCCAGAGCGACGUGUGCAGAAGAGCAAAGCACUUGGGAUUUCUGUUUUGAAGCCUCAGGUGAUAAAAAUGUUACCACAAUAGCUAUAAAAAUUUUAGCUAUAAAAUUAUCUAGGAAUCAGUGACUUUCAGAGACUUCAGGAAGAAAGCUGGGAGAAAGAUGGAAGCACGUUGCUGUCAUGCAUCUGCAAAUCACUGAACUCAGGUACUACAUCAGCAGUCUCAAACCUACUCGGUGGCCAGUGCGUCUAGUUAAAAAGAAAUUAACUGGAUCUUACUCUCGUAGUGUGAUUUCUUUGUAUUAGCAAAGACAAGUUAACGUGGAAAAACCCAGAUAGGUUUUCCUUCAUGCUUUCUGUUAUAAGAAGCAUAGCUCAUGAAACAAACAUAAGAUAGGUGCAUGAAGUUUGGAAAAAAUGUUACAACACGCAGGGAAGUGUUUUCCAUCUUUUUCUCUGUGAAUUUUGAAAUUAGUAGAAAUUGACUCUAAUUUUUAGUCUGCCGUAAGUUAAUAUAACUAAUACCUUGAGAGACGGCUGGACCAGUUCUCUCCCCAUGACAAAGAUCUAAUCAUUAGUGACAAGAGCGCAGUGUCCGG